AUGCCAAACAAAAACGCUACUAAGGUUGUCUACAAGAGUCCUGACGAUGUUGAAUACUUUGUGAUUGCCAACACUGACAUGAUUGAUAAGUAUCGCAAGGAUAAAUCCAUUCCUUUAAUUGAUGUUGUUCAAACUUUUGACAUUCAUACGACUGUUGCUGGUGGAAAUACUGGUGAAUACAUUCGACCUUCAAAGGGUGCACUAGAAUCUGCUUUUGGUACUCAUAAACCCGAAGAAAUUGCAAAGUACAUUGUUGAACAUGGUGAAGAAAAGGGAAUGCAUUAA